AUGGCCGUCCAGUCUUCGCCUCUAGAUGUCACCGCCAAAGAUGCGAGCCCCCCCCAGCCGUUCGGUGCUCUAAGAUCAACGGUGGCCACUGCUGUAGCGGCUGUUGUAUCUGCUGCUGCGGCAUUCCGGGACGCGGCAGAAGCAGUUCCGAUAAGCGUACAAGAAGCCGCUCAGCAAAGACACGUGGAGGAGGAACGGUUAGAAACGUCGUUUUUCGACGGCGUGCGAAGCAGAGCGUCACCCUCGCUAUUGUCACUCGCUGCCAUGUCAGCAGCGCCGCUGGCCAUCCCCAUCAAGAGCUCUCUGACCGCCUUCUUCUCCAACCUUCGUGCGAACCCCACCUUCAUGUCGGCUCUUAUUGCGUGGGCUCUCGCGCAAAUCCUCAAGGUGUUCACGAACCUCUACUUCAAAAAGACGUUCGACAUCCGAAUGGUUGUGUCGUCAGGCGGCAUGCCGUCGUCGCACACCGCCCUCUGCGUCGCCGUCACCACCUCCGUUGCCCUGCUGCAUGGCGUGGGGGGCCCGCUGUUCCCCAUCUGUCUCGCGUUCUCCUCCAUUAUCAUGUACGACGCCACCAACGUACGCUACCACGCCGGCGUGCAAGCAGAGGUUCUGAAUGUGGUGGUGGAAGAGAUGCUGGAGGGCCAUCCAAUCAGCGAGAAGAAGCUAAAGGAGCUCCUGGGGCACACCCCCUUGCAGGUGGUUGGAGGCUUCAUCCUUGGUGUUGUUACAGCCUUUGUAUACCAUUACAAGACAGGACAAAUACUCCCCACCCACCCUCCCCUCCUCCUUUCCUUGCCCUCCUCAUCCCCGCCCCCCUCGCACCGCACCCAUCUCCCUCCCUCUACCACGCUCACUCCACCUCCCUCUCCCCCAUCUCCCGUCUGCCUCCCCCCAUUUCCCUCCCCCCGAUUUCCCUUCCCCCCAUCUCCCUCUCUCCACAAUCUCCCCCCACCUCCCACCGCUGCAUUUCCAUCGGACGUGGGACCCGUGAAUUGCAUCAACCGCCACCAGCUUUCCUCCCCUCUCCCCACUCCCCCCAUCUUCACCCCCCCGAUCUCCCUCCCCCCACCGCUGCAUUUCCAUCAGGACGUGGGACCCGUGACUUGCAUCAACCGCCACCUCUCCCCUCUCCCCUCUCCCCUCUCCCUUCCCCCUCUCCCCUCUUCCCCACCUCUCUCCCCCUCCCCGCUCCUCUCCCCACCUCCCACCUCUGCAUGCAUUUCCAUCAGGAUGGGUAUCAUUGGCAGCCUGCUUCCAACCUUUCCCCCUCUUCAAUCCCUCCCCCUCCUAGGGGUAUCACUGGCGGCCUGCCACGUGUCAAGUGCCAGCGUACGGUUUCAGGCCAUACCACUUCCUGAAGAUGAUGCGGAACAGACCCUCUCGCGCUACAGUAGCGGCAAGAAUCGCACGGACGAAGAUUCGGUGAUCAAUCUGGAUGGCGUCGAUCCGGCGCUUACCGCCCGGGUGACUAAAUACGACGUGCUUAUACUGCAGACCGCGGCGCACUGGCAAGCCAAGCCCAACAAAUGGCGGCGGUACUUUGUGGAUGGGCAGGGGAGGCUGGUGUUCACUGAACGGCAGUAUAUUGCUGCCUUCGAGAGGGGUAUGCGGGCGAUAGUGAAUUUGCUGAGCCAAAGCGACCCUGACACCCCCCUUGCUGCACGAACGCCCGUGCCCUUCUUUCUGUCUGCUCCUGCCAAAAUCAACCGCUGCAAAAGCCACUCGCAGCCCCUCACGCAUGCCCAGGUUCUUCAGACUCGUUAUAAGAUUCCUCAGUACACUCGGUGGUUACCUGCACAACAGCGCGCAGUAGCAGGCACGAGAAUCCGCCUUCUAGACGUCACCUCCUCCUCUCUCUACCGCCCGGACUCCUUUGUGGGCUCUGGAGGGGUGAACAACGAUUGUGUGCAUUUCUGCCUGCCUGGUGUGCCUGACUCAUGGGUUGACAUGCUGCAUAAUAUGUUAUCUAGACAAGCUAUUUUCCGGGUCCCUAAGGGUGCUCCAGUCCAGUAG